AUGGAAAACAGAAGCUACGUCGGCGAUGAAACCUGGAAUGCUGCCACACUGCCCGUUGGUGGGCUUGCCGGUUCCUACCAUCAGCAACAUCCACAACAGCAUCACGCACAGCAUCACAUGACGGUCGAUCUAAAAACACCGGCAGCAGACGAUACACCACCGCUUCGUGAGAAAUGGGGACGCAACAUCGAGUUCCUGCUGUCCUGUGUGGCUCUGUCCGUGGGCUUUGGUAACGUUUGGCGUUUCCCGUACACAGCGUUCAAAAACGGUGGCGGUGCAUUCGUCAUACCGUAUCUGAUAGUGCUGUUCAUUAUUGGCCGUCCCAUCUACUACCUGGAAAUGGUGCUUGGCCAAUUCUCUAAUCGGGGCUGCGUCAAAGUGUACGAUCUGGCCCCAGCCAUGCGUGGUAUCGGUGUCGGACAGACGGUUGCCAUAUUCACCGUAAUUACAUAUUACGCUUCCGUGCUGGCCGUAACCCUCCGGUAUCUGGUGGCCUCCUUCAGCCCCGAGCUGCCCUGGAGCAAGUGUGAGCCCGACUGGGUCAAUUGUGUCGAUUCUAGCCGGCUCGGCAGCAUAACGCUGGGCGCAAACGUGACCCAACCGCGAACUUCGGCUGAUUUGUACUUCCGCAAAACGGUGAUGCAUUCGGCUGACUCAUUAGACGAUGGUUUGGGCUUUCCCGACUGGCGGCUAACACUAUGUUUGAUCGUUUCCUGGAUUUGCAUAGUGGGCAUUUUGAUCAAAGGCAUCAAAAGCUCCGGCAAAGUGUCCUACUUCUUGGCCAUAUUUCCCUACAUCAUCAUUGCCGUCCUGCUGGUACGCUCGCUAACACUCGAGGGUGCGUGGACUGGGAUCAAAUACUUCUUCGAACCCCAGUGGGACAAACUGUUAACGAUCGAAGUGUGGUAUGAAGCCGUCACCCAGUGCUUCUUCUCACUGACCAUCUGUUUCGGCGGACUGAUCGUGUACUCGUCGUUUAACGACUUUUCGAACAACAUCUACCGGCAUGCGCUGAUUAUUACCUCCCUGGACACAGUCACCUCGCUCGUGGCCGGAUGCGUUGUGUUCGGUGUGAUUGGUCAUCUGGCUCACGUUACCGGCCAGCCGGAUAUUUCGAAGGUGGUGCAGAGUGGACCGGCCCUAACGUUCAUCACGUACCCGGACACGAUAGCAAAGUUUGACUUUCUGCCUCAGUUUUUCUCGGUGCUGUUUUUCUUCAUGCUGUUUCUGCUCGGUAUCGGGACACUGAUCGGUAUCGUCACAUCCGUCAUCACCGCCAUCCACGACCAGCGGCCGGAUAUUGCACGGUGGAAGAUUGUCAUUUCGGUAGGACUGGCCGGUUUCUGUAUCGGUUUAAUCUACAUUACGCCGGGUGGAUUGAUUAUCCUGGAGCUGUUGGAUUACUACGGCGCUACGUUGGUGACGAUAACACUGGCCGUGUUUGAACUGCUUACCUUCGCCUGGAUCUAUGGCGUGAAUCGAGUGUGCAAGGAUAUCGAAUUUAUGCUCGGCAUCAAGACCGGAUUGUUUUGGCGUAUUUGCUGGGGCAUCGUAACACCCAUCACCGUACUCUUCAUUCUACUCGUCAGCUUGGUACAGUACAAACCACAGAAUGUGCCACUCGGUUACAAUGCACUCGGGUGGUGUCUGUAUGCCUUUGCUGUGUUGCAACUACCCUGCUGGGCUGUAUAUGCCAUGCUGCAAAAGCAGGGUCUAGCAUGGUGGGAACGCUGCAAAGCCGUCCUCCGACCAAUGGCCGACUGGGGCCCGGAAGAUCCCACCAAGCGGUCCGACUACGGUACCUUCAUCGACGAGUACAAACGACAGUCGUCGCAACGUGCCGGAACUUUGGUGGAAAAAGUUCGAAGAAAGUUGCUUAAAUGA